AUGACCAAUCAUGAUGAACUAAUAGAUGCGUUACUUACAGACUCAGAUUUAGAUUCAAACACAGCGUCAGCGUCAGCGUCAAAUUCAGGUUCACAACCAAGUAUAAAUUUUAAUCUUGAAACUCCGUUUCUACCGCCACCAACUUUACGACAGCAACAACAAGAAGAUGUAGAUCCCUCAUUGAUUUCUCCAUUAAAAGCGAAAAAUGAAAAUCAAAAUGAUAUUAACUCGUCCUUCCUUUCAAAUUUAAGUGAUGAUUCAUUGAUAGAUUAUAUCAAUAGAUUCUCUCAAGAUGAAAAGAAAAAAGCUGAUCAAAACAGUAGUAAGAAAAGACUAUUAAAUGAUACCAAAUCAGUAACGUCCUCUAUUGGUAACACAAGCACUACUAAUACUAAUGUCAAUGACUAUUCAAGGGAAGAUUACUUCCAUGAUAAAAAAUUAAGACAAGAUCAACAAGAUGAACAUUUAAGAAAUCAAUACAGAAAUUUAUAUUUAAAUGGGACGGACCAUAUUAAUGAGGGAUUACCACCUCAAAUCUUUAAAGACUGUAUAAUCUAUAUUAAUGGGUAUACUAUACCAGGUAGAUUACAAUUACAUGAAUCAAUAGUAUUACAUGGUGGGAAAUUUAUUCAUCAUUUAUCAGCUAAAAAGAAAAUCACGCACAUUAUUGCCUCUAAUUUGACUUUAAAGAAAAAAUUAGAAUUUGAAAAAUAUAAAGUGGUUAAACCAGAUUGGAUUGUUAAAUCUAUUGAAUCAAAGAAAUUAUUGCCCUGGCAAGAUUUUGCUUUAUUAACUCAUUUAGAUGAACAACAAAAAAGAUUGGAUUUUUUGCCUACAGAAAAACAAACCAUAGCAUCUUCCCUUUCUCCAUCUCCCGGUCCUCUUCGUUCUGCCUCUCCCUCUGCAUUUUCAACUACGAGACAAAUUAUUGAUUGUAAUCAUCCCGAUUUUAUUAAAAAUUAUUUCGAAAAUUCAAGAUUACAUCAUUUAUCCACAUGGAAAUCAAAUUUAAAAUCAAAAUUCUUAAACAAUUUCCUCAACCCUUCUUCCUUAACCAGAUUUAAAAUCCCAACUAAAAAAGAUAAUGUAUUGAUCUUCCAUGUUGAUUUCGAUUGCUUUUUCGCCACCGUAGCAUAUAUGUAUAAAGAUCCUAAAAUCAUUUGUGAUAUAGAUAAAGAUCCAAUAGUAGUAUGCCAUGGGAAUAAAAAUUCCGAUAUUGCAAGUUGUAAUUAUAUUGCAAGAAAAUAUGGUAUAAGGAAUGGAAUGUGGGUAUCACAAGCUGCAAAAUUAUGUCCCCCGGGUGUUAAUUUAAUUUCAUUACCUUAUAAUUUUGAACAAUUUCAAAAAAAAUCUGAAAUAUUUUAUCAUGUCUUGGAAAAUUUUAUUACACAACCAUUAUCCAAUAAUAAUAAUAAUAAUAAUAAUAAUAAUAAUAAUAAUAAUAAUACUGGACAAAUGUUUGAUUUGAUAUUACCAAUUUCCAUAGAUGAAGCUAUCUGUGUCAUAAUAUUACCGCCACCAUCAUCUUCUUCAUUGACUGAGGAUGACACCAUGCUAACGUUAACGGAUCAGAUUGGAAGAAAUAUUAGAUCCCAAAUAUUUGACGCUACCAAUGGUUGUACUGUCAGUAUUGGAUGUGCAAAUUCUUUAGUAUUAGCAAGAUUAUCUUUGAAAAUGGCAAAACCAAACGGCUAUCAUGCGGUGCUAAACAAUAAUAACAUGGUUGAUUUUGACGAAUUUUUAUCAUCUUUUAAACUUGAUGAUUUACCAGGCGUUGGACAUUCAUUAGUUGCUAAGUUAUUAAAUAAAUUUAAACCCUCCAAUUUCCCUUCUAAUGAAUCAUUUAAUCUAAAUCAUUUGAAACAGUACUCCAAUUUGAGUUCUUUACAAAAAUUAUUAGGUAAUAAAUCUGGUUUGAAAAUUUAUUUACAAUUACAAGGUAAAGAUGAUGAUGAAUCUUCAAAACUAUUAUACGAUCCACAAUCAACAUUAGAAAGGAAAUCAUUCUCCAUUGAUAUCAAUUGGGGGAUUCGAUUCUCUACCAUUAAAGAAGUUGAUACAUUCAUUGAUAGAUGUUGCGCAUAUUUAAUUAAUGAAUUAACCACCAAAAUUAAGAAAUCGACUUCUCAAAUAACUUUGAAAGUCUUGAGAAGAGCUCCAAAUGCACCAAUUGAACCAGCAAAAUAUUUAGGAUGUGGGGAAUGUGAUGCAUUUAAUAAAUCAAGCAAACUAGGUAUACCAACUGAUGAAUUUGGUGUCAUUACCACUGAAAUUAAAAGUCUAUAUAGAAUCAUUGGAUGUCCUCCCACAGAAUUAAGAGGUUUAUCAAUUCAAUUCAAUAAAUUAGUUGACCCUACAAAGCAAAUAGAUACUUUAGGUAAGAAUCAAGCUAGAUUGAACUUUGAGAAAAAAAACUUGAAUUAUUUACCUGCUGAUAUCAAAGAUGAUGUCACAAAGGAAUUACAAAGACGGAAGAUCAUAAUAAACCCACCAUCAAGAACUUCUCUAUCACCAUCACCAAGACAUAUAUCACCACCAAAGAGGAAAUUUGAAAUGCUAAGUACAUUUGAAGAAAAAUUUAUUGAUAAUUUACCAACACAAAUUGGUAUGGAAUUAAGGAAGGAUCUUAAGAUACAGAAAAAAAUUGAACAUACGAAGAUGAAAGAUGUUCAAGAACAAAGAAUGAAGAGAGAAGAUGCAAUUAAGAAUUAUAAAUCACAUUUUUUUGAUGAUGAUAGUAUUUUUAUACCAAUUAAAUUUCAAAAUCGAGCUAGGUUUAAAGAUAUUUCCAAAUUAGUUAUGAUGUGGCUGAAAAAUACUAUUAAAACAAACGGCCCACACGAAAAAGAUUUGAAAUUGUUUGAAAAAUAUUUACAAAAAUUAUGUGAUUCAAAUAGAAUUCAUCUUGUAUUAAACUUGGCUAAUAUGAUUUCCACACAAUUGAAUAUGCUCCCUAAACAGUUUCAUGAAGAAACUGGAUUCCAAGAAUGGGAAAAAAUUCUAUUGACUUUGAUUGUACCAAUGUUGAAUAAAAAUAAACAUACUUUCCAAACAGUUCGUAAAUACGAUAUGGAUUUUGAUUUAUAA